GUUUUAUAUAUAUAUAUUUUUAAUUUUUUUUCUCUCUGUUGUUGUCAUUGUUGUUUCCUUGUGUAUGUUUUAAUGUACUGCUGUACCGAUAUAAUGUAUGCUGUUCUCUGUGUUGCUGUAUUGUCAUUAUGCAUCAAUAAAUAAAAAAAGAUGAAUCUUGUGAUUUUCGUGGCAAUACAUUUCCAACUUUUCCCCUACAUUACAGGACGCCUUUGUGUACUUCACGCCAAUAUAGGAGUGUUAUCAACGUAAUCAAAGCGACAUUACUGGACAAAACUAAUGUCAAGUGAUCAGGCCUGACCCGGAAGAAGAAGGAAGUUGGCGCCUGCUCUCCACUCUCCCUUCAUCAUAUGUCGUUUAUCCUGUGCAUAAUAAUAUUAUCCAAAAUAAACGAAUACGGUUUGUUUAUUAUUUAGCGUAUUGUAUUGAAAACGUCAGGGUAGUAUCCAAGCGGUAGUGUGACGAUAAUUGCGUUGCCUAGUGAUUUUUGGGCUACACGAUGGCGAAGUGUGAUUCGUUUCACACGCAGCUAACAACAAUCAUGGAUUUAAUGAGCAAAACGGCUCUAGCUCAAAUAUGUAAACUCUUCGAGGAGGAUUCGUCGAUAUUAAAAAAGGAAAUGGCAAGGGUGAUGAGAGAAAACAAAGUCCUCCAUGUCCGAUUGCGUAGCCUGGAAAAUGAACUUACGAUUGCUCUCCAAGUGAAGCAAGGAGCACAUAAUAGUACGAAGGCUUAUAAUACGAUGGGUAAACAGACUGGAGAAACACAUCGAGGCGUCGAAAGAGACAAUACAGUUUCAGGUGUUAACCGUGCACCCUCAAUCAAUGGGAUAUUUGGGAAGGAGUGGUGUAUGAACCUGUGGAAAGAUGGAGAAUCGCGGGAAUGUAAUUCAGACGAUGCAGAUCCUUGUGGUGAUAUUGGGGAUAAGUGCAAGGUAGAUGACCAAGACCAAAUAGAGCUGCUUACCAUAAAAGAAGAGGAGUCAGAAGUAGACAUCAAUGACAGCAUCCAUCAGAGGACUCCGACCAAAGAGAGAGGAAGAUGCGUUUCUGACGGAAGCGAGACAUUGUCCACUGACGGACAUCUCACAGACACAGUCAGGAAAGGGAGACACUCCAUUUCGGCGGACUUCUCUGAGGACUGUGACAAUCUGCUUGAGUCCUCCACAGUCUUGAAGGCACAACACACCGAGUUCAUUUCCCUAGAUGGAACCACAGGGGAGUACACCAUGACAAUGCCCGCAGCAAGUUCCACAGAAUACGAUCCACACUGUGUGCCAAUCGAGUAUGAGGGGGAAGAGGUGGCCAAAGAGCUCAUAGCCUUUGAAGGGCUAUCGGAAAACCCCUCCCAGACAGUCUUUGUGGAGGCGAAAGCCUUAAUGGGGGCUGAAAGCGGGGAGACCUUCAAUUACUUUGACAGAUUUGACCUUCAACAGUCCCUGAAGAGGAAGAACAAGUUCCAUUGCAAACUCUGUGGGAAGAAAUACGUCAAGUACCGCACACUCCAGUCACACAUGAAGGUCCACAAGAGAGAGACCAUGUACAAGUGCCGCGUCUGCAAGAGCGGGUUCCCGCAGAAGAACCUGCUCAGGACUCACAAAUGCACCGUUGCCCAGGCCAACAUCAAGAGCAAGGCCAAGAACUGCUGCGAGAUCUGCGGCAGGGCCUUCACCACCAAUGCCAACCUGAGGGUGCACUACUCCGUCCACACGGGCGAGAGGCCGCACAAAUGCGACAUCUGCGGGAAGGGCUUCACCCAGAAGGGCAACCUGACCAUGCACAGACGCAUCCAUACGGGAGAGAAACCCUUCUCCUGCUCCGUCUGCCACAGGAGCUUCUCCCAGAAAAUCAACUUGCGGAACCACGUGAUCAUCCACGGGAAGAAAUACGCACCCUGCUUCAACAAGGGACGGAAGAAGAAAACUAAAUCUGACGAUUGACCAGUUUUUUUUUUUUUUUUUAAUGUCUUUGUUUGUUAGUUUUUUUUAAGCAGAAGUGUCUAUUUUUCAAAAUAUGCAUGUUAGAUAAUUUGUUCAUAAUGCCAACAUUCUUUAAGGAAGAGCAUUCUCUACCCAACACACAGUAUUCCAUGUUGUAGCCUAUAUGAAAACAUAUACAGUGAUACAGUAAAAAAAGUAUUUGCACCUUUCCCCAUUUCUUCUAUUUUGGCUUAUUUGUCACAUUUAAAUGUUUCCAAGCAACCUUAGCCCCCUCCUGUGCACGUCCCUGAUUCAAAACCUAUAUCACCCAUUUGAAAAAGUAAUUGCCCCCUAAACCUAAUGACUGGCUGACAAUCAAACAUUUCUUUUGCAGAAUUGUUUUAAUUCAGCCACAUUGAUGAGUUUUUAAGCCUGGACAGCCUGUUAAUGGUCAUGUCACAGCAUCUCAAUCGAAUUCAAGUCGGGACUUUGAUUAGGUCACUCAAAAACAUUAAUUUAGUUUCUUCUGAGCCAUACAGGAGGUGGCCUGCUUGUGUGCUUCAAAUAGUUGUCCUGCUGCAUGACCCAACUGCGCUUGAGCUAUUGGUCAUGAACUGAUGGCCAGACAUUCUCCUUAAGAGUUUUCUGAUAGAGAACAGAAGCCUUUGUGUUCUUUCUGGUGAGCAGUGGUUUUCACCUUGCAACUCUCUCAUGGGUGCCAUUUUUGCCCAGUCUCUUCCUUAAUGUGGAAUCGUGAACAUCGACCUCAGCUGAGCCAAGUGAGGCUCUGCAGUUCUUUAGAUUUUAGUGGGUGGGUUCUUUUGUGACCACCUGGAUGAGUCGUCGAUGUGCUCUUGGAGGAAUUUAAGUAGGCUGGCCACUCUUGGAAAGGUCCACCACUGUUCCAAGAUAGUCCCAGAGCCUUAGAAAAUGGAUCUGUAACCUUUGCUAGACUGAUUUAUGUCAAUAGCUUUGUGUGUUACAGUUUUAGGCAAAAGUUUGGGAACCCCCUGAUAAUUAUCAUUAUUUCAGAUUAUAAUCUUCUGAUCUUUCAAAGCAGCAACUAAAUUUGGACAUAAUGUAUACCUUAUGGGUUAAGUAACAUUUGAGAUCUGUAAUAAUAACAUUUAUUGAAUCGACAGAAACAAUUCAGUGUGCAUCAUAAGAAAAACAGAUAUGUGCAAAAAUGUGGGCACCCCAGUGGAAUAAUCACAUCAAUAUUUGGUAGAGCCUCCCUUUGCUGAAAUAACAGCAUGUAAAUGAUUCUUAUAGCCACUGAUAAGUCCCCGAAUUAUCGCGCGCAGGUAUUUUGGACAACUCCUCUUUACAAAAUGUCUCCAGUUGAGUCAGGUUUGAUGGCUGCCGAGCGUGGACAGCCCGCUUCAGAUAAUUCCAUACAUUUUCGAUGAUAUUCAGGUCUGGGGACUGGGAUGGCCAUUCUAGAACAUUGUAUAUGUGAAGCGUUAAAGUGUGACAUAAAUGCAAAAAUAGAAGAAAUGGGGGCAAAUGCUUUUUCACAGCACUGUACAUGCAUAGAUAUAUGUAUGUAGCUAUACUGAUUAUUUUUGAAGAGUAUGGCAUGGUGGACAUGAUUGACCUCUCAGCAAAUCCAUUUGUAUGGAUUUAAUAUACACAAUUACAAUGUUUCGUUUGCUUCAGUGUAAUAAACCAUCAUACUGGUUAAAUGCGA